AUGGACAUUCAAUUGAAAAAGAAUAUAACAAAAACAUUUCAAUUGAAUGGUUUGAUUUUAAAAAAAGAUGCUUUCACAUAUCUCGCUGACUUGAACGAGUCAAAGGAAGAUCUACUCGAGAUUGUAUCCAUCAUAACAAAGAAUAUUGAUAAAUCAACUUUGACAGGAAAUUAUGUAGACAAGUUGGCAUUAGAAAAAUGUAUAAAAGAUAUUAAAUCGCAGAAUGAUAUUACAUCGAUUGAAUCGGAUGCGUUAAAGGUUAUCGAUGCAUUCAGUGCACCUUUGUUUUCCUUUGACUUGGCAAAGCGACAGUUUCUAAAAGUUGAACAACCAAAUCGUUCGUUGCACGGCGACGCCAAGUCAAAAGCGGAUCUCUUCCGACGUCGUUACCUAUCGGUUCUACAGCGAGUGGAGCGUCAUCAAUUCUUUUCGAAACCGGUACUCCCAAACGAACAACAGUCACGUGACUACAACUCGAUCACGCCACUCAACUCACUUCUUGGAAAUCCUGGCAAAAAGUAUGUUCUGGGUACAAUCUCUCAGAUUGAAGAGGGUAGCUAUCACAUUGAGGAUCUCAACAAGAACGUUCCACUCGAUAUUGAAAAUGCCACCUUUAGCGGACUGGUCACUGAGAACACCAUCGUACAGGCAUACGGUGAGUUGGUCAAUGGUGUUUUCGUUGCCGACGAGAUUAUGUUGCCAAUUGUCGAGGAACGCGAGGAAUCAUUGCGUCACCUCCAAGGAAUUGGCGAUAUGUUUGGUGCGCGUCCCUCUGACAAGCUGGCGGCGCGACUCUUGGAGUACGAGCGUGAUCCAGACACCGAAGAUAAUGCUCUGGUGUUCCUCUCUGACGUCUGGCUGGAUUCGCCAAUGGUUAUGAACAAACUCAACCUUUUGUUCUAUGGACACAAAGAACUUCCACCGUUUGCUUUUAUAUUUAUGGGUAACUUUACAGAGAAACCUCUCAUUGCCGGAACACAAUAUAAACUAAAGACCUAUUUCGAUCAACUGGCAUCACUCAUUCAAAAAUAUCCAACCGUUCAAUCAAAGAGUAAAUUUAUUUUUAUACCAGGACCAACAGAUCCAACAGGUUCAUUAUUAAAUAUACUACCAAAAUUCCCAAUUCCAGAUACAUUUGUUAGAAACUUUAAAAAUAAGAUAUCAAACGCCAUCUUUACAACCAAUCCAUGUAGGAUUCGUUAUUGUUCACAAGAAAUUGUAAUAUUUAGAGAUGACAUUGUAAAUAGAAUGCGUAGACAUUGCAUUAAAGAACCUUCAAAUCAAUUAGAUAUAACUCAGCAUCUUCUUGAAAAUAUAUGUAGCAAUUCACAUCUUUGCAAUCUACCACUAGAAAUUAGACCGAUCUAUUGGAACUUUGAUCAUGCACUUUCACUUUAUCCGCUUCCCAAUGUGCUGGUGCUGAGUGACAAAUACAACCAGUAUCAACACGACUAUCAGAAUACCAAUUGUUUCAAUCCAAGUUCAUUUUCAACGGAUUUCUCGUUCUCCAACUACUAUCCAGCCAAGAAAGAAUGUUUGUUUUGUCGUGUACCAGACAACAUCGAGGAACUUGAAGUGGAGUCUGAAACUAUGGACGACCAGGAUGUAGACGAACCACAAGUGGCUGAAGACUAUAACAAUCCACAGAAUACCAGUGAUAUAUCUAUGGACUCGCAAAUCGAUGAUGAAAACAAUCAGAGUCAAGAUCAAGAUGAACACAGUAGUGGUGGUGAAGAGUUGGAGUCAGGUGAUGACCACAACAACGAUGACCAAAGCGAUAACAGCAAUUACAAUAAUCACAGUGAUGAAGAGUUGGAGGAUCUUGAUGAACAAGAAGAAGUGGUGGUGGAUCACCAACAAUCACAAAAAAUAUAUCUAGAUUCAGAGGUGUCGAAAGAAGCGGAUGCCAACAAUGAGCAAGAGGUAGACAAUUUCAGUUUCGAAUUUGAUUAA